AUGGCGGUGAAGAUCGGCAUCAACGGAUUCGGGCGCAUCGGUCGCAUGGUUUUCCAGGCCAGUGAAGCCUUUUUGCUAGCUGGAUCAGUGGACACGCUUAGCUGCGGGUACGCAGUCUCUGUAUGUCACGAUUAUGUCACGGGUAGCUGUGUGACAGGAAGCGACGAGAAGCUGCCGUCGUUUGUCGCGUUGCAAGCUUGUAGGAAGAUCGAAGCAAAAACCUGCAAGGCCAUCUGCGACCAGGGUCUGUUGGGCUCCAAGCUCGAUGUCGUCGGCGUGGUCGAUAUGUCCACCGACGCAGAGUACUUCGCUUACCAGAUGAAGUAUGACACGGUUCACGGCCAGUUCAAGCACGACGUGAAGAUCGGUGAGAAGGACGAGCUGAUCGUGAACGGAAACAAGAUCAAGUGCAUCCAGGCCAGCCGGGAAGGCCCCAAGGCCCUGCCUUGGAAGGACAUGGGCGUGAAGUACGUCAUCGAGUCCACUGGCCUCUUCGUGGAGUACGAGUGGCUCGUCGACAUACUUGCGCUUCAUGGAGUGGCCGUCGGUCACAUCGAGGCAGGUGCAGAGAAGGUGAUCAUCUCGGCCCCGGGCAAGGGCAACCUGAAGACGCUGGUCUGCGGCGUGAACCACACUGAGUACGACAAGGCCAACCACCACGUGGUGAGCAACGCCUCCUGCACCACGAAUUGCCUUGCCCCGAUCUGCCACGUGCUCCUCAAGGAGGGUGUCGGCAUCGAGAAAGGGCUGAUGACCACCAUCCAUGCUUACACCGCCACGCAGAAGACGGUGGAUGGUGUGUCUGCCAAGGAUUGGCGUGGAGGUCGCGCAGCCGCAUGCAACAUCAUUCCCUCCGCGACGGGCGCCGCAAAGGCCGUGGGUGAGGUGCUGCCUAGCACCAAGGGUAAGCUUACCGGCAUGGCCUUCCGAGUGCCAACUCCGGAUGUCUCAGUGGUGGACCUCACUUUCACGGCAGAGAAGGACACGUCCAUCCAGGAGAUCGACUCGCUGCUGAAGGCAGCCUCUGGCAGCUACAUGAAGGGUGUUCUCUCCUACACCGACGAGGAGUUGGUGUCCAUGGACUUCGUUCACAACGUGAACUCCUCCAUCUACGACUCCAAGGCCACUCUGCAGAACAACCUGCCGGGCGAGAAGCGAUUCUUCAAGGUCGUGUCCUGGUACGACAACGAGUGGGGAUAUUCCAACAGGGUGGUGGAUCUUCUGAUGCACAUGAUCAGUCAGUCCACGCUCGCACAUCUUGUGCGGCCGCAGUGCUCCAUUCUUGCUAGUGCAUCCCCGAACUCUUGUCCCAUUGUCGAAAUUGCAAUGGCGGUGAAGAUCGGCAUCAACGGAUUUGGGCGCAUCGGUCGCAUGGUUUUCCAGGCCAUCUGCGACCAGGGACUGUUGGGCUCCAAGCUCGAUGUCGUCGGCGUGGUCGAUAUGUCCACCGACGCAGAGUACUUCGCUUACCAGAUGAAGUAUGACACGGUUCACGGCCAGUUCAAGCACGACGUGAAGAUCGGUGAGAAGGACGAGCUGAUCGUGAACGGAAACAAGAUCAAGUGCAUCCAGGCCAGCCGGGAAGGCCCCAAGGCCCUGCCUUGGAAGGACAUGGGCGUGAAGUACGUCAUCGAGUCCACUGGCCUCUUCGUGGAGUACGAGAAGGCCGUCGGCCACAUCGAGGCAGGUGCAGAGAAGGUGAUCAUCUCGGCCCCGGGCAAGGGCAACCUGAAGACGCUGGUCUGUGGCGUGAACCACACGGAGUACGACAAGGCCAACCACCACGUGGUGAGCAACGCCUCCUGCACCACGAACUGCCUUGCCCCGAUCUGCCACGUCCUCCUCAAGGAGGGUGUCGGCAUCGAGAAGGGACUGAUGACCACCAUCCAUGCUUACACCGCCACGCAGAAGACGGUGGAUGGCGUGUCUGCCAAGGACUGGCGAGGAGGUCGCGCAGCCGCAUGCAACAUCAUUCCCUCCGCGACGGGCGCCGCAAAGGCAGUGGGUGAGGUGCUGCCGAGCACCAAGGGUAAGCUUACCGGCAUGGCCUUCCGAGUGCCAACUCCGGAUGUCUCAGUGGUGGACCUCACUUUCACGGCAGAGAAGGACACGUCCAUCCAGGAGAUCGACUCGCUGCUGAAGGCAGCCUCUGGCAGCUACAUGAAGGGUGUUCUCUCCUACACCGACGAGGAGUUGGUGUCCAUGGACUUCGUUCACAACGUGAACUCCUCCAUCUACGACUCCAAGGCCACUCUGCAGAACAACCUGCCGGGCGAGAAGCGAUUCUUCAAGGUCGUGUCCUGGUACGACAACGAGUGGGGAUAUUCCAACAGGGUGGUGGAUCUUCUGAUGCACAUGAUCAGCGCAUAA